GCGUCCAUCACCACUACUUAUCUUCAUUUGUAGCUGAUGCCUAGAUCUGUCUAGGGACAAGCUAGCACCUCUCUAUCCGCCGUCGAUGGCCUUUUUUUCAUCACCUCGAUCUUUUCAGAAUGCCCAGUCGUUGACUUCUCGCCAGUUUGUGGCGCAAACUCAGAUGGGCGUCAACCCUGGCAUACUGCAGGACAUCUCCAGCCCGCAUUCGAACCAUCCUCCAUUUUUGCACUUAGUGCUCCUCGUCUUCGAAGCUGUUCUGGAAGUUGUCUGCGUCAGCCUUCCGGGUUAUAUUGCUGCUAGGGUGGGCAUGUUUGAUGCGGACGCCCAAAAAUUUGUUGCCAAUCUCAAUGUCGCUCUGUUUACUCCAUGUUUGAUCUUUACGAAGCUCGGUUCCCAGCUGACGGCGGAGAAACUCACUGACCUGGCGAUCAUCCCUCUCAUUUUCAUUGUACAAACCGCCGUAUCCUACUCCUGCGCGUUCGUGGUUUCACGAUGCUUUCGGUUGAAGAAACGACCGUCAAACUUUGUGGCGGCUAUGGCAGUCUUCGGGAACUCAAAUUCACUCCCCAUAUCUCUUGUCAUCUCUCUUUCGCAAACGCUGAAUGGCCUCCACUGGGAUCGAAUUCCUAACGAUAAUGACGAUGAAGUCGCAGCGCGCGGUAUUCUCUACCUGCUCAUCUUUCAGCAGCUCGGCCAGCUCGUUCGCUGGAGCUGGGGAUACCGUGUUCUUCUUGCACCAAAGGAGCGAUACAUUGAGGAGGGGGAAAGAGAUAAUGGAGAGACGGUAGUCGCGCAAGGCCGAGAGCGAUAUACCGACAACCCAGAGCAAGUGGAUCCGGACGAACCCUUGAUAAGGACAAGGGACUCCUCCGAUGGCUCUACUGAGCAAGCAACUGGCUCGAAUGAUGACUCCGAUGUAUUCCACUCCGGGGAAGCAACUCCUGUGAACACGCGCAGUUAUUCCUACACGAAAUUGCCGCAUUCUGGACAUGAAGACCAAGCUCACGACCAGUCGCCCAUCCUUGGGCCACCUCCAAGUGGGCCGUUUCUCCCCCGUCAGGACUCUCGUGGCGACAUCUUGUAUUUCCCGAACGUGGAAGUCAACCCUCAAGAUAACACCCUCGAGCAAGGGCCACUGUCCCGAUUCAAAACUUCGAUGGGUCGUCUCAGGGUUCGAAUCGCCAGCGGUUGGGCUCGGUGGACUAGCGCAUUAUACAGUCGGCUGCCACCAAGUCUCCAGAAGGUGUUAUCGAAGUGCUCAGACUCUACUAGCAGAUUUGUUCGAGGUGUAUGGGACUUUAUGAACCCGCCACUUUGGGCAAUGCUGGUUGCUAUCAUCGUUGCUUCAGUGCCUUCUCUCCAGCGCCUAUUCUUUGACGACGGCACAUUUAUUCCAAACUCGGUGACUCGCGCAAUCAAUCAGAACGGUCAGGUCGCCGUUCCCUUGAUUCUUGUGGUUCUUGGCGCAAAUCUGGAACGUAACACGAUCCCUCAGGAAGCGCUUGAAGAUACAGAAGAUGCUGAAACGGAGAAAAAGCUUAUUAUCGCGUCGUUAUUGGCCCGAAUGCUUCUGCCAACUAUAAUUAUGGCACCGUUUCUGGCUUUGAUCGCGAAAUAUGCCCCGGUCAGCAUUGUGGACGAUCCCAUCUUCAUCAUCGUCUGCUUCCUGCUCACUGGAGCUCCGUCGGCUCUACAGUUGGCACAGAUUUGCCAAAUCAACAAUACUUAUGUUGGCGCAAUGUCGAAAUUGUUGUUCCAAAGCUACGUGGUUUGGAUUCUCCCAUCAACCUUAAUCCUCGUGAUGUGUGCUCUAGAAGUUGUCGAAUGGGCGGCGUAAAGUUGUCUGCGUU